AUGUCUCAGCCUCCUGGCUUCUUCUGUGGUAACCACAGCCAGCUCAACGACAGUGUACUAAAGCUCUGCUCCGACCACUUCCUAGGACAUGUUCUCAUCCAUUACCCGAAUGACAUCCCAACUACAUUUCCGAUAAUGAGGUGGUUGAAAAAGGAUCGCAUGCGCUUCAUGGAAUGUCGUUGCGAUUGCAGACGGAUUUUCAAGGAAUGA